AAAGGUAAAUGGCACAAGCAUACCGUCGAGCUUGCGGAUCUCUUAAAAAUGUAAAUGCGGAAGUUCACGCUGCUUUCGAUCGCUCUCAGCUAGUUUUAAUUUCUCGCAUUAGUUGGAGCUGGUCCUCGGCUAUGUGAGGAGAAAGAAGAGACAGUCUGCCUAUAGCUUACUUAACUGAUCUGCUUUGGGAACUUUGUUGAGGAUGUUCUUCACUGAUCGAGAGGAAGAUGUGGCCCUGCAUGAGCUGGACAAUGGGAAUGAGCCUUUACUUCCAUCACAGCGCAACUUGUAUCUUCCUCGAUCAUAUGACUAUGUCCUGGUGGCUGAUAAAGUGGAGGACAUGGAAAACCAAAUCUUCAAGAAGCAGGACGCUUUUAUCUGUGAACUGAAACAGAAGAACAUUAAAGUGACUAGAAUCGAUCACGCUGGAAAGGUGUUCUUUGGCGUCUGUGCACCUGAGGAGAUUUUUACAAAGUACAAGUACUUACUAAAGGUGUCUGAUGCCUGUAACUGGAGCGGAGAGCUAACGUGUGAUUUGUCUGUCUCAUUGUGCACCAGAAUCAGGAUCGUCCACUUUGUCUUGAACAAUACCUUUAUAGGAUCAGGAGAGGGCCUUAGAGACCUGUUGUGUCAGGGUGCUUUUGAGUCCAUCUUCUGUCUGCAUGAGAAAAAAGAGCAGAAAAAACUAAGGAAGAAGUGGGCGAGCUGGUUGGCAGUAAUGAAGCUUUUUCAGCAGCCUGUCACUGAUAUUAAGGACUAUUUUGGGGAGAAAGUGGCGCUGUAUUACCUGUGGCUGGGCUGGUACACACGCAUGCUCGUCCCUGCAGCUGUUAUUGGCAUCGUUGUGUUCUUGUACGGCCUUGCCUUCUUCAAUACAAGUCCACUCAUUCAGGACGUCUGUGGCUCCGACAUCAUCAUGUGUCCAAGAUGUGACAUAAGAUGCAGCGUGUGGAACCUGUCUGACACCUGUACAUACGCCAAGGUGAGCCAGCUAUUUGACAAUGAAGGGACAGUGGCUUUUGCCAUGUUCAUGGCAAUUUGGGUGACAACCCUGUUCUUGGAGCUGUGGAAGAGACACCGAGCUCUGUAUGUGUCAAAGUGGAAAGUGUUUGACUGGUGCGAGGAGGAGGAAGAAUUGAUUUUGGAGAUCGUAAAUAACCCCAAGUGUAAGCCAAAAGAGUUUACGCAUUCCUACCUGCGCAGCAUCGUGGUGCUUCUUUUGGUCACGUUAGUGCUGGUGGUGAUCAUAGGUCUGACGCACGCUCUGGUCAUCUGCCGUGUUUUAACUGCGAUAUUGUUGUCCCAAAGCAAGUGGCAUUUUCUGCGUGACCAUUCCACCACAAUAGCCAUGUUAUCUGGAGCAGUGCUGCACUACAUUACCAUUCAGGUUAUGACUCGGGUCAACAAAAUUGUGGCCUUUAAACUAUGCGAGUUUGAAAAGCCACGUUCUUUUGCAGCCACAGAGAAGUACUUCACAGUCAAGAUGUUCACGUUUCAAUUCUUCACUCUCUUCUCAUCUCUGUUUUAUGUGGCCUUCUUUCUAGGAAGGAUCAAUGGCUAUCCAGGAAAUUAUGUUCGAAUCGCAGGGAAAUGGAGACUAGAAGAGUGUCACCCAAGUGGCUGCCUUACAGAUCUCUUCAUCCAGAUGGCCGUUAUUCUGGUGCUCAAACAAACGAUCAACAACAUAUUUGAGUUCACAGUGCCCUGGUUAAAGCUGUGUUUUAAGCGAACAAAAGCCAAGACGAUGCGCAGAAAGUGUGGUAACUGUUACCGGAAGGCAUGUCGAGAAGAGGAGGGCAUUUUUGAACCAUGCGACCUCUGCAAGCUUCGUAACUGGAUGGAAAACUACGACCUGACUGACGUUAAUGCUUUCAGCUUGUUCAAUGAGUUUCUGGAAAUGGUUCUUCAGUUCAGUUUCACUACCAUCUUUGUGGCUGCGUUUCCUCUGGCUCCCUUGCUGGCCCUUAUCAAUAAUAUAUUUGAGAUCAGACUGGAUGCCAUCAAGAUGGUCAGCCUUGAGCGCCGCCUAGUGCCCAAAAAGACGAAUGACAUCGGUGUGUGGACUAGAAUAUUAGAAGCUGUUGGGGUGAUGGCUGUCAUUGCUAAUGGCCUAGUGAUUGGGAUUUCCUCUGACUUCAUACCCCGUCUGGUGUACCGGUACCAUUACGGACCUUGUGCUACCAGCCAAAGUACAAGUCUGGACUGUAUGACGGGAUAUAUCAACAACACUCUGGCAACAGCAUUCAUGUCCAAUCCGAACGUCAAAAAAGACUUCAUGUACUUGAUAGAGAAAGGAUAUAAUAUUACGCAGUGCAGUUACAAAGACUACCGCAGUGAUGAAGACCAGAGUCUCACCUCUCAGUUCUGGCUCAUUCUGGCACUUCGCUUUGCCUUUGUUAUUCUGUUCGAGCAUGUAGUGGUGAUGUGCAAGUUUAUUGCAGCCUGGUUUAUACCCGACAAUCCUAUCAGAGUAAAGAACGACAGGCUAGAGGACAAACUGAGAAGACUGAAAACAGAACUUGAGGAAGCAAAUGCAGUGUAUAACAGCAGAUGCACUGAGGUGUGAAUGUUGAGGUUUGAAAAACUCAACAAGGAAGAUUUCUGUGUUUGAGAUCACUGUCUCAUCUGUAUCCACGAGAUGUAUCUCUUCACCACUUUUAGAGCCAUCAUUGGAGCAGUUUACAGUUUUCCCUCACGGUCAGGAGUCGUAUUUGCGCUGCUUCGGAGGGAUACGCCAUGUAUUUUUUGGUUGUAUCAUAAAUUGUUCCUGAGCAAGGAAAGAAAAUUUGCCUUUUUAAAAAACUGUGAAAAUGUACAAAUCAAACAGUGGAUGCAUUUUAGUUUAUUUAGUAUGAAACAAGCCUAAAAAGUUAAUUUUGCUGCCAAAAACAUCAUAUUUAAGAUCAUUUAUGUUGCCUAGAAGACUAUUUUAACAGGAUAUAUUAAUAUAUUUUGGUGUUUUCCUCAAAUAGUCUUUGGUUUCACUGACUUUUUAUGUAAAUCCAAAGACCUGAAUGUGACGUAAAAGAAAAAUACAGGAAGUUAUGCCAGUAUGUGACAUGCUCUUUACGAUGCUGUCCAUGUUUUUUUUUUUUUUUUUUUUUAAAUAUAAAUAUAUUUUGCUGGUUUUUUUAUAUGGUCUUAUUGAUAUCUUCAUUAAUUGUGUUCCAGGAAUGAAAUAAUGGGGUGAAAUAAAUGUUGGCCGUUAAAAUAAAACAGUCAACAUUUUUUCCUCCUGAAGGUGUCACUGCUGAGUUGCUUCAGAUGAAGAAUUAUUACUUGUAUUGCACAAAGGCAUAGUUCAGUCCAGUGUAUUUAGUUUUAUUCUGUCAGUUGCUCAAGAUAAGAUAAGCUACAUUAGGCUGCUUCCCCUUAAUUUAGAAACAAUUUUAUAGUAGAAAUAAUAAUAAAAUUAAAUUAAAAU